AUGCUGCCCACUGCCUUGUAUGACAAGGAGCAGCCUGGAGGACAGCAAAAUGGCACGACGCCAAAACUUCCGCCUCCACAUAUACAAAAGAAAGAAGCAGAGGAACUUUCAAUAAUCUUAACUCAAGAUGCUCGUCAGGACGGUUGGUCCCGCCCGCAGCCGCAGAAUCCGCCACUCCUGCUCACACUCGCAGCGAUUAUUUCCAUUGCAACCUUUUUAACUGUGGUAACCUUAUGCCUUGCAUGGCAUAAAGGAAAACAUGUUUCAGGUAUUACACGUCGUAGGCUAUCUGAACAGGGGGACAAUGUGGACGAAGAGCAGUCCAUCUUAGAAGCCUGCGUGGACAUGGAGGUCGAAAUGGGGUUUAUGGGGCAAGGAGCGACCUCCCAGUGGCCCACAGGCCCGACACAUGGGGUAGAAGGAAUAGCUUCGAUGUUAGAGGCAGCUGCCAAUGAGUUUGAAGAACUGCAGUGGGCCUUUCCGCCAUGGGCAGGAGCUGCCGACCCCCAUUCUACCUUGGACUUAGUCCAAGAAUACAUAGAGCAGCAACAGAUGGGAUUUCAAAGUGCAUUUCAGACAUUUGAUAAUGAUGCAGCAAGUGGGCUCACAGCUCAGCCGUCUGCACCUCUUCCGUUUCAUGAUCCUUUGGACGAAGCCGGAGCUUCUUUAGAUCCACAGGCGUGGUUAGGUGAAAUCCCACCGAUAACAAGCGGGCCUGAUUAUCAACAGAAUACCGAGCUGGCGCCUUCAGUUACUGCCGAGCCGGAUGAUGAAGGUCCGUCAACUUCAAUUUUGACACAGCUACUGCUUCGUGGCCCCAACCACGGGCCACCGGAUAUUAGGGAACACCCGCAUGUGCGGGUCCCAGUUCUGGAGGAAGGUGUAGUUCCUAGAAGUUUCGACGCAACGAAUCUCUUUCAGUCCAAGCGAAAGAAAACGCAAACUUAUCCUUACCUGCUCUAUUUGAGACAGUUGUAUACACAGACAACACUCAACCAGGAGGACGUGGACACGCUCGUAACUGCGUUGGAAGGCUUGGCAGGAGCAGCAUGGUGGCAGGCGAAGAAAACCCCCCGGAUAAAUCGGCCGGUGGUUGCUGCCGAAGCCUUUGGGAACUAUAUGUUGGUUUUUGACGCGAUUGUGAGUGCAAGUCAAAUUUUGGGGGACGCAAUGAAUCUUUCCUUGUGGUGGGAGCAAUUCAUAAGUGGCUUCAUCGAAUUUCCGCCUUUCCCACCCGUUAGCCAACGAUCUGGGGGGAUUUACAGGAAGCUGGCAACUCUCUUAGCUGAUGCGAUGACUGUCUACAAAAAAGGAUGUCGCCCACCACUUGAAGACGUAAUUAAGCUGAAAACUAUGAUUUUUCGACUUCCAGAUGCCCCUGGGGAUUUCAAGGGACGGCGAUGGGAUCCUUGGCGUGAGGAUGCAGCGGGUUCUAGGAAAUGA